CAACUACGCGGAAAAUCCAGCAGGAGGCCAACUGGGCCCGGGGCGGAGGUCAGAGCGGGGAAAGGAGGAGGGCUUCUCCGGCCGGCGGCGGGAGAGUUUAGGGUUAGGCACCUCCUGCGGCCAAUCCCGCCAGCCUAUGACUUGCUGCCUCCAUCCACGGGGGCUGCUCCAGAAACUCCGCCGUUCUGCUCCUGGAGCAACUUUGCACCGGGAAGGCGAGAGACUGACGGAGAGAUCGGGCGGGGGAGGGACCUUCCUCCCCCCCUCCGCGGCAUGGCGAGUCCUCCUCCUCCUCGCAACCUGGGACAGAGACCCUUUAAGAGGUGGGGGCAGCGGCAGGAAGGCUUGGCUAGGGGUUGAUUUAGGGAGCGGGCCGCUAGGACAGGCGCCUUAAGCGCCCUAAGAAGAAAAAACACAUUUUGGUCUGUGCGGGAAGAAAGCUGAACCACCAAAGUUCCCCCCCCCCCAAAAAAACUUGUUCGUAGUUCGGCCGAGUGAUUGAGAUUUCCCCCCCUUCUCCCUCGUGUCUCUCCCACCCACCCACCUAUUCGUGCCCCGGGCGUGGAGUAAAGUAGGAUGGUGGUUUACAACGCCGAGCUUCGCUUGUUGCUGCUUUGCCUCCUGCUGCUGCUGGUUGGAGCGAAGCCGAGCCGGGAUCCCACUGCGGCUAGCUGCGAACGCCGCGGAAAACAACGUGAGCUGAACUCCUUCCUGUGGACUAUAAAGAGAGACCCACCAUCUUACCUUUUUGGUACCAUUCAUGUCCCGUAUAAUCGAGUCUGGGAUUUUAUCCCUGAGAAUUCUAAGAAAGCUUUCCGGGAGAGUCAUGCUGUCUACUUCGAGCUGGACCUCACAGAUCCCUACACAAUCUCUGCUUUGACCAGUUGCCAGCUCCUACCGCAGGGCAAGAACCUUCAGGAUGUGCUCCCCAGGGAUCUCUAUCGCCGACUCAGGCGCCACAUGGAGUAUGUCAAGCUGAUGAUGCCUUCCUGGAUGACUCCAGAUCAACGAGGCAAAGGCCUGUAUGCAGACUAUCUCUUCAAUGCCAUUGCAGGCAACUGGGAGAGGAAAAGGCCCGUUUGGGUCAUGCUGAUGGUGAAUUCUCUGACUGAGGUGGACAUCAAAUCACGGGGUGUGCCUGUCUUAGAUCUGUAUCUGGCUCAAGAGGCAGAACGUCUCCAGAAGCAGACUGGAGCAGUGGAAAAAGUAGAGGAACAAUGCUAUCCAUUGAACGGUCUCAAUUUUUCUCAGGUGAUCUUUGCUUUGAAUCAGACUCUCUUGCAGCAGGAGAAUCUCCGAGCAAGCAGCCUACAGAUUCCUUACACUACAGAGGACCUUAUCAAGCAUUACAACUGUGGAGACCUCAACACUGUCAUCUUCAAUCAGGAUACUUCCCAAGUCCCAAAUUUCAUCAAUGCAUCUCUGCUACCUCAUGAGCGUAUCAUGGCUCAAGAGAUUGAUGACUACUUCCGCCAUGAGCUUAUCUACAAGCGGAAUGAGAGGAUGAGCAAGCGAGUGAAAGAUUUACUGGAAGAGUAUCCAGAUAAAAGCUUCUUCUUUGCAUUUGGAGCUGGUCAUUUCAUGGGCAACAACACAGUCAUAGAUAUUUUGAGGAGAGAAGGAUAUGAAGUAGACCAUACAUCUCCUGGGCAAGCAAUCAGUGGAAAAAAUCAACAGAAAUUAACAUCCCCAGAAUAUGCCUCUUUCAUUAUCUCACAAGAGAUCCAACAACAGCAGGAGGAGGAAGAGGAGGAAGAGUUGUUGCUCGACACAUUAUUGCCUGAAAACAUGGACCUGCUGGAGAAAGCAGAGAGGAAGUACAACAAGAAGAAGAAGAAACAACCGAAGAAACAACGUCAGUUCAAUGACCUUUGGGUGCGCAUCGAGGAAAGCACCACUGAGCCACCUCUGCGGAUUCAUAUAAUUAAUGGUUACAUUUCUGUGGAACCUCAGCCACGAGGACACAAGCAAUCCAGACAUAUCCAGGCAGACAGGAGCUGUUCUACCAGACCCUUUCUAUUCUUCUUCACUUUGACUUUUGUGUUGCUUUCAGUACUCUUUUGAGGCUAGAAUGGCUUCUAUAUUCACCUACGUGUUGUUUUUUUAAAGGGUUUGAGGGGGGGGGGGUUAGAGAAAAAGGAAAGCAUCUAUUUUCUGAACAGGAAAUCAUCUAUGUGGAUUUUAUUCUUUUAGACCUCAUCCUUUUCCUGAAUCUGGACCAUUAACUUGAUUAACUGUUUUGACCACGCCCAAUACAGGAAAAGAUAUUUUUUUAACGAAAGCUAUUAUUUAUUCUUCCCUUGCAGAAGAAUUAUUUCGUGUUAUCCCAGAAUUAUUUGGGAAGUAUAUAUGUAACAUAGCUAUUAUUUAGCUGUAUGGAUUUGACUUGAACACAGUUUAUUUGGGGGUUGGUUUGUUUCCAUGAGGUUUCUAUAGUUUUAUGGAAAAGGAAAAUGUUGAGCACUUUAAAGCAAUAGGAAGAGUUUAAAAAGAAUGCCAGAUUUACUUGCUUCUUUUCCACCACUUGUUCCUGAUAGGCCUUGUUCUCUGGCUGCAACAGCAGUUUCUUCCUUUAAACAUUUUAUCCAUCUGUUGUUUUUUUUUUAAAAAAAAUCUCAAAGUGAAAAUGGGCUUGACAGUUCAAAAAACUAGUUCCUUUUUUUCCAAAACAAUUACCAUUACUGUAAACUAAUAUUUGUACCCUUUUUGAAUCCUAUUUGAAAUAAAGAAGUGUUCCCUACUCCCUGUCUCCCCAGAAA